CUCUCUCAAUCCUCGUAAUGUUUCUUCUCCUGCUUACAGAUCCAACUAAUGUUCUACCUAACGCACUCUUUACCUAGCAUAUAAAGCUAAAACGACGUCGUCUUGUCCGUUGUUUUUGACCUCAUUUCCUCUUCUCGGAGAAAAACCCUAGAUCCACCAUGCUUCAUCUCCGUCACCGUCGAGAUUCUACUCUGGCCACCACCAAGUGGCGUAACAAGUUUGAUGAGAAUCUGGAGCAAUGGCCGCACCUCAAUGAACUUGUUCAUUGCUACACUACUGAUUGGGUCAAGGAUGACAACAAAUACGGCCAUUAUGAAAGUAUUGGAACUCCAUCGUUUCAUAACCAGAUAUAUGAGGGCCCUGACACUGACAUUGAGACCGAAAUGCGGCUUGCUAGUGCUAGACGAACCAAGGGAGAAGAUAUUAGUGAAGAUGACAUCCCUAGUACUUCGGGAAGGCAAUUUAUGGAAGCUGCAGAUGGUGAACAUUCGGAUGUUCCAAAGCAUUUUGGUCAGUCUCCCCUUCAUGCUUAUGAGCCGGCGUUUGAUUGGGAAAACGAGAGGUCAUUGAUAUUUGGACAAAGGAUACCUGAAACUCCUAUAUCACAUGGAAUGAAGAUUUCUGUCAAGGUUCAGUCUUUACAAUUUCAGGCAGGCUUGUCCGAGCCCUUUUACGGUACAAUUUGCUUAUACAAUAGGGAGAGAAGAGAGAAAUUAUCAGAAGAUUAUUACUUUCAUGUUUUACCAACCGAAAUGCAGGAUGCCAAAAUUACCUGUGAGCCUCGCUCAAUUUUUUACUUAGAUGCGCCAUCUGCUUCGGUUUAUUUGUUAAUCCAGUUGGAGAAGCAUGCUACUGAAGAAGGAGGAGUUACUCCUUCUGUUUAUUCUCGUAAAGAUACAGUGCAUUUGACUGAGAGAGAGAAGCAAAAAUUGCAGGUGUGGUCUCAAAUCAUGCCUUACAAAGAGUCCUUCGCAUGGGCCAUUGUGUCAUUAUUUGAUGGCAGUAUUGGUGCAGCUUCGGUAGGGCCUGCUUCCCCAAGCAGCCCUCUAGCUCCAAGUGUAUCUGGUUCAAGCUCGCAUGAAGGUGUUUUCGAGACUAGUACAAAAGUAUCGUUAGAUGGAAAACCAAAUUACUCGAAUGGAAAUUCUAUUGUGGUUGAGGUUUCAAACUUAAAUAAAGUCAAAGAAAGCUAUACCGAGGAGUCACUUCAGGUAUGUUCAUCAGGUUCCUUUGACGGGGACUCUGUUCUUUAAGUACUGAAUUGAAUGCAUAAGAAUUCAGGCUAAAGUUUGCUGCUAUUUAUAGCACUUCAAAGUAUUAUGUAUGACUUAAACUGUUCAAA